AUGCAUUCCACCACAUCAUGUCUAUCCUCGCCGAACACAACACCGUUCCUCAUCACAGUACAGGAUGCUAUCUUAUUAGAAGACUCUGAAGGAUUUAGCAUUCUCCGUGACCAUCUCUCUAAUGAAUGCUGCAACGACUUCUGCAAAGACCAUGAAACAGACGUAACCGAAGAUCAACAGGCCUGGAUUCUCAUGAGGGAUAUCCUCCAUGCUCUGCUCGCACCUGUAGUUGCACUUCACGAUCACACAACAAAGAUUGCUCAGAAACAUACAAAGGCCAUCAAGCCGGAGGACAUCGAGUUCGCUUUCAGAAACAAGGGCCGUAACGCUUUCGUCUGGCUUACAUCGUUCCUGGCCGAUGACGAGGAUUGGUGUCUCAGCAAGAACUGCCCUGCUUGCGUAGUGCAACACGCUUUGGACGCCGAAUUUCAGAUCCGACUCAUGGCCGCGGCAUGUUUACUUUCUUGUGCAAAGGGACCGGAGCCUGGUGACGGCCCUACCCUCCCUUCGUUCGACUUCUUCCUCCGCUCUUUGCAAGAUGCCCUUAGUGAGGAUGAUCUUUGGGGACCUGAUUACUACGAAUACAUUGAGCCCAAGGCAGAAGACCUGAACCUCGGCAUGCAGGACCUGAUUCGCCAGUGUGAGAAGCUUGAACUGGCAAUGACACCCCCCGGAACUCCCGAGGAUACGACACUCCCCUCGUUCUCGUACUUCUCGGAGCGCAAAAUGUCUCUCAUGACGCCGACCAAAACUAUCUACCCCCGAAGACAAUCAGUGGUACCAGGAAUUACAAUCAAGCGUUCAAAGUUGGCCAAGGUUCAGAUGAAGAUGGCGCAAGAAGAGGAACAGUGGCUCCAGUCUUUCGUCAACAACGCCUGGCAAACCCUCAACCCUUUCCAAAUGCAGAUUCCGUCCAUGAACACAAUUGCACGCCGCAUGUCGCUCGUUGCAGGCCCCUGA